GCCCCAGCUGUCCUACGAGCUUCCUGGAUCUGCCGAUGGCGCUCGGAGAUUUUGGUGCGGUUGCAAAGACCUCCACAGCUGAGGGCCGGUGGCCUAGUCUCUUGGACCCCAGUCCGGAUGACUGCAACUCUGAUCUUUGAGCCCAUGGGCCGCUGCGGCUGGGACGAGCCGGUGCGCAUCGUGGUGCGUGGGCUGGGACCGGGGCAGCCGGUCACACUGCGCUCGUCCCUGCGGGAUGAGAAGGGCGUGAUCUUCCGGGCCCACGCGCGCUACUGCGCGGACGGCGGCGGCGAGCUGGACCUGGCGCGCGCGCCCGCGCUGGGCGGCAGCUUCGUGGGCCUAGAGCCUAUGGGCCUCCUCUGGGCCCUGGAGCCAGAGAAGCCCUUGGUGCGGCUGGUGAAGCGGGACGUGCAGACGCCCUUUGCGGUGGAACUGGAGGUGCUCGAGGGCCACGAGCCCGAGCCACGGCGGGUCCUAGGCCGGGCGGUGCACGAGCGCCACUUCCUGGGGCCGGGAGUGCGGAGGGAACCAGUGCGUACAGGCCGGGUGCGCGCCACGCUCUUCCUGCCGCCAAAACCUGGACCCUUUCCUGGAGUCGUGGACAUUUAUGGAGCUGGCGGUGGCCUUCUGGAGUACCGAGCUAGUCUGCUGGCUGGGAAGGGUUUUGCUGUGAUGGCUCUGGCUUAUUAUAACUAUGAAGACCUCCCCAAGGGCAUAGAGACCCUCCACCUGGAGUACUUUGAAGAAGCUGUGAACUACCUGCUCAAUCACCCUGAGGUAAAAGGUCCAGGAGUUGGGCUGCUUGGAAUUUCUAAAGGGGGUGAGCUCUGUCUCUCCAUGGCCUCGUUCUUGAAGGGCAUCACAGCUGCCACCAUAAUCAAUGGCUCUGUGGCCAAUGUUGGGGGAGUUUUACACUAUAAAGAUGAGAGCCUGCCCCCUGUGGGCGUCAACCGAAAUCGAAUCAAGAUGACCAGAGAUGGCCUUGCAGACAUCAUGGAUGCCCUCAACAGCCCUUUGGAAGGACCUGACCAGAAGAGCUUCAUUCCUGUGGAAAGGGCUAAGUGCACCUUCCUGUUCCUUGUUGGUCUGGAUGAUCACAACUGGAAGAGUGAGUUCCAUGCUACUGAGGCCUCUAACCGCUUACAGGCCCAUGGUAAAGAAAAGCCACAGAUCAUCUGUUACCCAGGGGCCGGGCACUACAUUGAGCCUCCUUACUUCCCCAUGUGCCGGGCUUCCCUGCACACCUUGGUGGGCAGUCCUGUUAUCUGGGGAGGGGAGUCCAGGGCUCAUGCCAUGGCCCAGGUAGAUGCUUGGAAGCAACUCCAGACUUUCUUCCACAAACACUUAGGUGGUAAAGAGUAA